UUCAUUUCACCUGUUCAAGUUCAAAUUGAAAAACAAAAUGAUGUCAUCAACAACAAUGAUGGGACAAUCAACAACAACCGCAACAACAUCACCUUCACCAUCAACUUCAUCAAUAUCAUCACCACCACCACAACCACCAUUAACAACAACAACAACAACAACAGAUUCCGAAUUAUCAUCAUCAAUCAAAAUAAAUGUAUUCGUUUUUAAUAAAAAUGAUUAUCAAACAAUAAUCAUUCCAUCAAUGAUGGUGACAAUGGCAACAGAUGUUGAUGAACCUAAUGAACAAAAUAUCAAUAAUUUUAAUAAUAUAAUCUAUGCUGAAGAUUUAGUAUUUUAUUUAACAUCAUCAUUUAAAAUAACAACAAUCUGUGCCCAUUUAUUUGGCCUUUAUAAUGUUGAAUCAGAUUUAUGGUUAUCACCAAAUCAACAGCUUCAUACAAUGAUUGAUGAAUUAUUUAAUAAUAAUAAUAAUAAUGAUAAUAAUAAUUCAAUAUUACAAUUUCAACUACGAAUACGUUAUACACAUUUAAAUCUCAUUAAUAAACUAAAGGAUAUUGAUCUAGAAUGUUUAGAUUAUUAUUUUCAUCAAAUUCGACAUGAUUUUCUUUAUAUACCAAAGAAAAAAUUUAAAAAAGAUGAAUUAGAAGAAGUAUAUGGUAUUGCAUUGAUUGAUCUAAUUCGUGUUACUAUUGAAGAUGAAGAAAAAUUACAUCGUGCUGAUGAACGUUGUGAUUCAUAUAUAAGUCAGAUAAAAAAACAUUGUCCAAAAAAUAUGGUGAAACCAAAAUUUUUAUUCAUUGGUGAUAAAUUAAGAAAAAUAUUUAAACGUAAUUGUAAAAAAGAUACAGAUAAAAUAUGGGUUAAAUUUUGUUAUAUAAAACAAUUUCUAUCAUGUGCUCAUUCAUUUUAUGAUAUAUCAUCAAUACAAUUAGCUAAUGCAUUUCAUGAAAUUUAUCAUAUUAUUCUUGAAUCAACAAAUAUUCAAUCGAUUAUUACAUCACAACAUUUAGUAUAUUAUGAUUGGCAAAAGCAGAAAAUUUUCUGGCGAAAUUCAUCAACAAAUAAUGUUAAAUUUAAUAAUCAUGAUGAAUGGAAAAUAUGGUUUCCAAUUGAAGAAAUUUCCAGUAUCAAUAUACUUGCAUUGGAUCGAAGAAAAAUACUCAUCUGUUUUGUUAAUCGACCAGCAUUAACAAUUAUUUUUCCACAAUUAGGACAAAUGAAAUCAUUCAUUUCAUUAUUGUCCGGUUAUCAUCGUUUAUCAAUGCAUUGGAAUCUAAAUCUAUCGGCUGAAUAUUAUUCACCAAUGUUGAAAAAAUUGAAAAAAAUUAAUUGUUUUGGUCCAAUUCAAGAUGAAUUUGUAUUAAAUCGUUUGCAAAAAAUUCGUGAUGGUCAAAAAAAUUCCGGACAAUUUCUUCUACGACAAAGUGAUACAGAUUUUUAUUCACUAAAACUUUGUUAUGAACAACAAAAUCAACUAAAAUAUUUUAAUCUAAAAUGGCAUCCACAAUCAUCGGAUAAUUCAUUAUUCAGUUGGAAAGAUGAUUUCAAUGAAACGGAUAUUCGUGCCGAUUAUUCAGAAUUAUUAAUUUGGUUACAAAAACAAUUAAAUCUAUUUCAACCGAUUCUUUUUGGUGAAAAUGAUCAUCUACCGGAUUUAUUGCUAUGUAGUCGUGAAGAUGAUAUGAACAAAAUAAAAUCCAAUGAUGAUAUUUUACCAAUUAUACAGAAUGAACGUAUAAAAAAAUCUAUAUUAACAAUGAAUAAUAAUGGUGUAUUUUGUACACGUAUCGGUACUGUUAAAUUGGUCAGUAAUCAAGAGGAAAAAGUUUUUAUCAAAGAAUUUAUUGAUUCCAAAGAAUCGGCACGUAGUGAAAAUCUAUUGAAAGAAAUUGAUGAAUGGAGUAAAUUGAAAAAUGUUUCCAUAAUGAAUUGUAAAGGUGUUGUAAUGCAUCCAUUAUCAAUAUUAUUUGAACAUUGUCAUAUUACAUUACGUGAUUAUUAUUCAUUACAAGAAUGUAAACUUAAUCCAUUCAAUCUUAUUGAAGCAGCUUUUUGUUUGGCUAAAGCAUUAGAUUAUCUUUAUACACAUAAUUUAAGUCAUGGUUACAUAAAAUUUGAUAAUCUUUUUGUAUCACAUUUUUCAAAAACAUCAUUAUUCAUAAAAUUAGGUGAUCCAAUUGGAUUUAGUUGUUAUUUUAAUCAAACAAUUGAACAACCAUGGCUGCCACCAGAAUAUUUUAAUGAUAAUGGAUUUUUCUUUCGAAAACAUACCAAUUAUAGUGAUGUAUGGGCAUUCGGUACAACAAUGUGGGAAAUAUUUCAUAAUGGUAAUAAACCAUUAUUCAAUUAUAUGAAUAUUGAUCAAGUUAAUCUAUGUGCAAUGCCUGAAUCAAUACAUUUAUUAACGAAAAAAUGUUGGGAUAAAGAUUUUUGUAAUCGUAUACCACCAUCGGGUGUAUUUCGUGAACUAGUACUUAUACUUUAUGAUGCAAGAAAAUAUCGUAAACAAUAUGUUAUUAAUGAAAAUUUAACGAAUGAAAUGAUUCUUAAAAUGAAUAUUGAAAAUGGUAAUAAUAAUCAGAAUAAUAAUAAAUAUCCAUCAUAUUUAAAGAAUAAUCGUAGAGAAAGUAGUAAUAGUAGUAAUAGUAUUAGUAUGAUCAAUAAUAAUGGCUAUAAUAAACGUUCAUCAUUAUUACCAAUUGUAAAUGGUUAUCAACAACGGCCAUUAUCAAUAUAUAAUGGUAAUGAUGAUUUGGAUGAUUUAGAUGAUGUAACAACUGAAACAACAAUUUAUGAUCAAAUGGAAGAUGCAUUUCUUAUAUCGGAAACAGAUGAUUAUCGUCAUAUACAGGCUAUGGAUAAUUUGGAAUGUAUAUCAAAAGAUCGAAUCAAUGUAUUGAAAAUUAUUGGAGAGGGAAAUUAUGGAAAAGUAUAUCAGGCAACAUGUGAUGAUAAAUAUGUUGCAUUAAAAGUUGUUUCCGAUAAUAAAAUCUCAAGCCUAAGUGAAGAGAUUAAAAUAUUGACCAAAUUAAGACAUCGUAAUAUUGUUGAAAUACGUGGCUUUUCAAAUGUUGAUGUUGAUCAAUAUUUAAAAGUACCAUCAAAAGCAUUAGUUAUGGAAUAUAUGCCAUUAGGUUCGUUAGUAAAAUUUCUAGAAACUAAAGGACCAAAUGAUAAUCUUGAAAUGACAAAAUUUGCAACCGAUAUUGCAUGUGGUUUGGAUUUUCUUGCCAGUAAACAUAUUAUUCAUCGUGAUCUAGCUGCAAGAAAUAUUCUUGUUGCAAGUGGUAAUUCGGUUAAGAUUGCUGAUUUUGGUUUAGCUCAUAUACUUGAAGAUGAUACUCAAUAUAAUUAUCGUAGUAUUCGUGGUCUACCAUAUAAAUGGCACGCUCCAGAAUCAUUUGAACGACAUAUGUUUCGAUUCGAAUCGGAUAUUUGGAGCUAUGCAAUUGUCAUUUGGGAAAUGUACAGUUAUUGUCGACAAACAUUAUAUAAAGAAAUUGAUUCAAAUAAAGAAGAUGUACAAGAAUUACUUACCCAUCUUAAACAAGGCAAACGUCUUGAAUGUCCAGAAAAUUGUCCAGAAUCUGUUUAUAAACUUAUGUUAGAUUGUUGGGCAUAUCAACCGGAAUGUCGACCGAAUGCAUCAGAAGUUUAUCAAACAAUCAAAUUGAUUGAUGAACAAAUACGUUCACAAUCAUUAAUUUAAAUUU